GCCCGUCAGUCACAGUAGACCUCGGCGGCGCGAAACUCGGCGAUCAUUCCAAGUUUACUGAUAAGUAUGGCGGGAAAGCGAUUCAGAUGAGUCCUCCGCCAAGAGCAGAAGCGAAUUUCACCGUUGACGUCGAGGCACCUCGGGAAAUCUCGACAGGCGAACUCGCCCAGCUUAUGGCAGACAUUAACUGUGGGGGGGAGGACACAGGUCCCCGUCUCCAGAUGUUCGUCAACGACCGGUCUGUUUUCGACCAAGAUCUUGUCCCUACCGACGGCACGUUCCAACAGGUGACGAGUGAGAACUUCAAGUCGGAGCCGAAUCUGAGGAUUAAAAUGGUCCAAACCAAUGGGGAUGAGAGCAUUGAGAUUGUCGUCAAGGAUGCUAAGAUACAGGCUGUGGUUGGCUCCUCGAGGACGAACUCGGCUGGUCAGGGAACGGAAACUGGCGGUUCUGGUUCUGGUUCAGGUUCCUCUGGCUCUGGCUCUGGUUCUGACUCGGCUGCACCAACUGGAACUGGCGCUGCCGCACCAUCUGGCACUGGGUCUGCUGGAGCAACAGGCACUGCGUCGGCUGCACCAACCGGUUCUGAUUCUGCGGCGGGUAGACAUGAUUGUACGGCGAAUCACGGCGUCUUAUAUCUCAUAUCUCUUGUCGCGGCGUUUUUAUUUUAGAAGAUGUGAACAGGGGCGACGGGUGGUCAAAGUCCAGGAAAUCGGUUAGACUGGACUUUAGACUGGACUUGAAGAGGUCGAGGAGGCGUUCUGGCCUAGGUGUCAGCUUGUAAGGGGUUUUGGGAAGACUACAGGGACACAGGUGAUCUACCAAGCCUCUGGGGAUUGCGGGGGAGGUCUCCUGUGAGUUUUGCUAUCUUUCUACCUCUGAGCAAGCUGCCUCUGAUAUGGGAUAUGAUACAUAGGUACUUGCAAAGUUUAUUCAACUCCAGUGCAGUUUUUGUUACUAUAGAUACCUUGAUAGGCCUGCCCUGCUUCUGAGUCCCUCGAUUCGAAAGGCGACGCUGGUUUUGUAGGCUAGGUAUUGAAUAUCGAAAUCAA